AGACUUCUCUCUCUCGCUCUCUCUCUCUCUAUAUAUAUAUAUGUCUAUAUAUACACAAGUGAUGUACAUCAAGGCAUGCCCUUUCCUUUUGACGCUUGUCGAUAUAAUUCCUUCACAAAAUAGAAUUAUCUGAUUCCCAAAAGCAGAAGAAGAAAGGCCGAGUUGUGAUCUGUGAAAUCUCAACACUCUUUAUCUCUUUGUGAGAUCUCUACACACACACACACACAUAUAUACAUAUUCAUAUAUAAUAUUAUAUAAGCACUUACUACUACUACUACUAAGAGAGAUCAGAGACAGAGAGAAAGAUAAUGGGAAGACCACCUUGCUGUGACAAAGUUGGAGUGAAGAAAGGGCCUUGGACUCCUGAAGAAGACAUCAUUUUGGUCUCUUAUAUUCAAGAACAUGGCCCUGGGAAUUGGAGAUCAGUUCCUACUAUCACAGGUUUGCUCAGAUGCAGUAAGAGCUGCAGGCUUAGAUGGACUAAUUAUCUGAGGCCGGGAAUCAAAAGAGGGAAUUUCACCGAUCACGAGGAGAAAAUGAUAAUCCACCUUCAGGCUCUUUUGGGCAAUAGAUGGGCUGCUAUAGCUUCUUAUCUUCCUCAGAGAACAGAUAACGAUAUAAAAAAUUACUGGAAUACCCACUUGAAAAAGAAGCUCAAAAAGCUCCAAACUGGCCUUGAUGGUCAUUCCCAAGAUGGGUUCUCAUCAGCUAAUAAUUCACAGCAAAUCUCUAAAGGGCAGUGGGAGAGAAGGCUUCAGACGGAUAUCCACAUGGCCAAACAAGCCCUUUGUGAGGCUUUGUCCCUUGACAAGCCAAAUCAUCAGGAUGAUCAUAAUUUGGCCGAAUCUAAGCCGUCCAUCCUUAAUACUUUUCAAACUAGCACCGUUUAUGCUCAACACCACACCGCUAAGUCAUGCGAAACACCGUCAUCAUCAGCGUACGCAUCAAGCGCCGACAACAUAGCCCGGUUGCUUGAAAAUUGGAUGAAGAAUUCACCGAAACCCGGUCAAGCGAACCGGGCCAACCCAGUUCCCGCUUACCCGGGCACUUCAAGUUCUAGUGAAGGGGCACAAAGUGGAACAACCACACCUGAUCAUGAUCAUCAGGCUUUUGAUCACUCCUUGUUCAGCUUCAACUCAUCCGACGGCUCUCAUGAGACGGUCUCCGCUGAUGAGACCACCAUCCAUGUGACGCCGGAAACCGCCAGCCUCUUCCAAGAUGAGAGCAAGCCCAAUAUGGGGGCUCAAGUCCAAGCACAAGCGCCUCUCACGUUGCUAGAGAAGUGGCUCCUUGACGAUGGUGCGGCUCAAGGCCAUGAAGACCUAAUUAACAUGUCACUAGAAGACGGUGCAUCACUGUUUUGAGAGGAAAAAAAUAAUUAUAAGUUCAAAUUAAUGUCCUUAAUUAGGUGUUGUCUUUUGUUAAUUCCUUUGUUUUUGUGGAUAUAGGUUCUUAUAAGGUAAUUUGUAGAACCUUUUUUUGCCUUUCUUUUUCUCCCCUAGCCUAAGCAGACAAGGAUAUAUAACACUCCUAUCCCUCACUGAAGACAACAAAAAAAAAAGUGUAUAUUAAGAUAUAUUACAUAUCCACAUAUCAUAAAGCUAUGUACUGCAGGUUAAUAAUGCAAACUGUUUUUCUUCUGAUUAGAAA